AUGACGGCGAUUGAGAUUCCAUCACUGGGACGUCCAUUCUCCCUUGGAAUGAUGUACGAUUGCCGUGAAGAUAAACUUAUCCCCGGUGUCACUUUGUGGAACCGAGAUACACUCAAAACAAAUGUGGAGUCAAAAUCUCAAGACAAUACGUCAUUUGAGCUGAUAGCAUCAGAUACGAUUUCUGAUAAAGCCUCAGCAUUGAACAUCUCAGCAUCAUUAAAAGCCAGUUUCCUCAGUGGCAUGGUACAGGUUGGUGGAUCUGCUACUUACCUGAAUGAUAGAAAGACAUCAAGUCAUCAAGCCAGAGUCACUUUUAAAUAUUUUAGAACCACCAGAUUUGAACAGUUGUCGAUGGACCAUUUAGGUGUCCAAAAUAUGACCUAUCCUGAACUUUUAGAUGAUGGAACCACCACCCACGUAGUUACCGGCAUUUUAUAUGGAGCUCAGGCUUUCUUUAUCUUCGACCGUGAAGUGUCCACAUCAGAAAAUACACAGGAAAUUCAAGGAAAUCUCCAGGUGAUGAUCAAAAAACUACCCAGAAUUUCAAUUGAAGGAAAUGGAAAGCUGGCAAUAACUGACAAAGAAAAAGAAAGUGUGGAUCGCUUCAGCUGUACAUUUCAUGGGGAUUUUGCUCUUGACAGAAAUCCAGUGAAUUAUGAGGAUGCCAUUAAUAUUUAUGCCAGCCUGCCAAAGCUGCUCGGAUACAAUGGGGAGAAAGCUGUGGCAAUGAAAGUCUGGCUGUAUCCUCUAAGUAAACUGGACAACAGAGCCGCCAAGUUAGUUCGAGAGAUUAGUCAGACACUUGUUUUUAAAUCCGAAAGUAUCAUCCAGCAAAUGGUAGAGGUGAACACGCAAUGCAACGAUCUGAUGAAACAUCGAGCUGCCGAGAUCUUCCCCGAAAUCAAGAGAACAAUAAGUAAUUUUAGAGAAAAUUGUGAGAAAUUUACACUUGUGUUACAGAAGCAACUUGCACAAACCCUGCCCUCCAUUCGAGGUAAAGGGAUAGAGGAGGGGGCAUUAGUGGACAUUUUAACAGCAAUUGAACAGUCACCAUUUGGGAAGUUCCAUAUUGAAGAAUAUUUGAGCAAAAAAAAGCAGGAGAUGGAUAUAGUCAGUUCCCAUCUGGACGUUUUGAAACCUAUUAAAGUUCUACCAUCUGAACCGGAACUAAAUCAAGUUAUAACAGAUCCCAGAAUUGAUUUUAUAGUUUGCUAUAAUUUCACUUCAUUAAAUGAAGAAGAAACUUAUCUUUCUGAAAUGACUUACUGGCUGCAAAUUAUGGAGAACUCAAGCAACACAAUCUAUCAGCCAGACAAGGUCAAAGCAUGGUUCAAGAACACAGGCGUCAUUAAAAAUGCAAGAAAAUAUGUGAAAGCUUUUCAAGAGUUCACACAGACCAAUGAUCCCAGAGAGGACACUCAGUUCAUUAUUUCAUGUACCAAAGACCCAGAGAACCCUGGAGUUUCUAUCUAUCUAUAUGAAUUUGGAGAUUUGGUGAGCGAUAGAUUCUUGCCCCCAGGUAAACCUUCUCCUCCUAUUAUAUGCACAACUCAUAAUGGGGCAAAGCUUACCUUAGAGCCUUCAGACUUUGGGAAAGAUUUUAUAAUAGGGUACAAGAUCGAGUACAGAAUCUUAGAAGAAGAAAGCUGGAAAAAUUAUACAACAGAGAACAAUGAUCAAGAAAUAAAUUACAAUGGUUUGCAACCAAAUGAAACCUAUCAGUUCAGAUACUCUGCGAUGUGUAAAGUAGGACUUGGUGCAGUCAGUGAUAUUACAGUAGGAAAGACCCUUCCAACCAGUCCUCCGGAGGCCAUACAAUGUACUGCUGGCUCAACUUGUCUCCAUUUACAUUGGCAAAUACCCAGUGUCAUUGGAAAAGAAGUCACAAUAACAGAGUUUAAAGUUGAAUACAAACAGCGGCUCCAACACGAUAAUAUUACCUGGAUAGAAAAAAAGACAGGGAAGAAAACAGGGCACUGCGUCAUUGAUGGGUUGAACACUAAGACAUCAUAUAAAAUCCGUGUUUUGGCCAUCUGUGGAGAUCAUGGGAUUAGCGCUCCAAGUGAUGAGAUUCUAACUUUAACUGCAGAAAAAGAAUCUUCUGACAUUAAAUAUCAACUACUCAAGGACAGCAGUUAUUUAACUGGAAAGAACCCCUCUAUCCAUCUGCUGAAGAUGGAUCGAUCUGACUGUGGAUACGAAAAAUAUAGCAUGGGGAAAGAAAAUCCUGCAAAGACAAAUAAAGUGAUAUUAGUAGUAGGAGACUCUGGCUCAGGAAAAACCACCCUUAUCAAUGGAAUGGCCAACUACAUCCUUGGUGUGGAUUGGAAAGAUGAUUUUAGAUUUAAACUGGUAGAAGAGUUUACAAAUGCUUUUAAAGUUAACAGUCGAACUGACAAAGUAUAUGCCUACCAGAUGAAUCAUGAAAGUGGCUAUAAGAUCCCUUAUUCUCUCACCUUGAUAGACACCCCAGAAUUUGGUGAAACCCGAAGAAUAGACCAGGGCAAAACGAUCAUUAACGCCAUCCACAAGGUCUUCCCGAUCGAUGCCGUCUGCCUUGUAGUUCAGGCUUCUUUAGUUCGACUAACUCCCACCCAGGAAUACAUUUUUCAUUUAAUGUUUUCUCUUUUUGGAAAACGCAAUAUAUUUAUUCUCAUCAACUUCUGUGAUGGAGCGAGACCUCUAGUGCUACAAGCUAUUAAAAGAGCUAAUUUUCCCUUCUCUCUGGAUUGUAUUGGCGAUCCUGUUCACUUCAAAUUUAAUAAUUCAGCAUUAUUUGCCAAAAAUCAUUCAAGUUCCAUUAGUGUUAAUGAGAUUCUGAAACUGACUAAAGAAGUCCUAAAGGAACAGAAACAGCUGGAGAUAAUUCUUAAGGCUCUGCAGCCACAGAUCAAUGCUGGACUUAUUAAACUGGAUGAAAUUAGGAAAACAAAGGAUCUUAUGGAGGCAAAUGAAAACUUUGAGUUUGAGGUCAAUGUGACUGACUGUUCCAGUACAGGAACUGGUCCCACACGGUCAGUUCAUAACAAACUGCCAGCAUUGUCACUUAACACGCCAUGA